GUUAUUUUGUAAAGUAAAUUCGCGAAGAUGUGCAGACAACAGUGGAUCUCGUUGCAGUUAGCUUUGCUGCUAAUUUACUGUGGUCUCGGUGCCAGUACAGCAAGCAUUGUGGGAUACGAUGACCUGCGUAUGAAAUAUUUACCGUCGAACUGCAAUGAAGCAGUUCAUUUGGCGGGGAGCAAAGCUAAAAGUGGUAUAUAUAAAAUUGGAUUGCCACUGCCACAAGGUGCUGUUAAAGAGUUCUAUGUUAACUGUUUGCUGGAUCCAUCGGGUGGAGAAGCCUGGACGCUAAUACAACGACGACAAAACAAAUCUAUAGACUUUCAGCGCGGCUGGGAGGAGUACAAGAAUGGCUUUGGCAACUUAAAUACGAAUUUCUUUAUUGGUCUCGAUAAAUUACAUGCCCUAACGGAAUCACAGUUGCACGAAUUAUGGAUCGAGUUGAAGGACUUCGACGGUGUGGAGAAGCAUGCCAUGUACGACAGUUUUGCCAUUACAGACGAGAGCCAAAAAUAUGCAAUGAAUAUUUUAGGCACAUAUUCGGGCACAGCAGGUGACGCCUUAACUGAGCCACACGGUGGCGCGAACUUCAGCACAUUCGAUCAGGAUACUACCGACCAUCAUUGCGCAACGGCAUUUAAAGGCGGUUGGUGGUAUGGAAAGAAGCCUUGCGUGAAAAGCCACUUAAAUGGAGUCUACCAUAAUGGCUACUAUGACACUACUAAAGCUGAGGGUAUAAUUUGGUCGAAUUGGCGUGGAGUCAACUAUUCUAUGAAGUAUGUGCAUAUGGCAAUUAGACCGAAAGAUCUGCGUAUCGAUAAUAAAUUAGUGAACUAAUAAGUAUCAAUGACGUGGUAACAAAGCCACAUAGGAAGACAUCAGAUUCAAGCACUCUUUUAACCCAGAUUACGUCACCGCAACAUUCUAAACCCAAACCAAACAAUCACGCCAAGCUGUAGGUCUGUUCGUCAGCACGAAGUCAACCCAACUACUGAUAUAUUUAGAUAAGUAAAGUUAAGUAAUAGAAUAUAAACGAAUAAUAAUAAAACUACUCUGCAGAAUAUCAAAUAAAGUGAAAUGAUUCGGAUUAAAUGAA